AUCGAACCGAGAGGCAGGUGAGGGCUGGAGGAGAGAAAACAACCUGCUUACAACCAGCUCUUUAUUCAAGAAGCAAUUUAAAUGGUGUCUGUAUGUGGGGGUGAAGCCUUCCUUGGGGUGCCUGAGAAGCCCGUGGAUAUACCUGUCGGCUGUUCUUUCACUCAUGGAUGAUGGCAGGCAAAGUGAAAUGGGUGACAGACAUCGAGAAGUCGGUGCUCAUCAAUAACUUUGAGAAGCGAGGAUGGGUCCAAGUGACAGAGAAUGAAGACUGGAAUUUUUAUUGGAUGAGCGUGCAAACUAUCCGGAACGUGUUCAGUCUCGAGGCUGGCUACCGCCUCUCGGAUGAUCAGAUAGUCAACCAUUUCCCCAACCAUUAUGAGCUGACCAGGAAGGACCUAAUGGUGAAGAACAUUAAGAGAUACAGGAAGGAGCUGGAGAAAGAAGGGAGCCCCUUGGCAGAGAAGGACGAGAAUGGGAAAUACAUCUACUUGGACUUCGUGCCGGUCACCUUCAUGCUUCCUGCUGACUACAACCUGUUUGUGGAGGAAUUCCGGAAAAGCCCCUCGAGCACCUGGAUUAUGAAGCCUUGUGGGAAGGCCCAGGGGAAGGGGAUAUUUCUUAUCAAUAAACUCUCCCAGAUUAAAAAGUGGUCUCGGGACAGCAAGACAUCAUCGUUUGUGUCUCAGUCUUCUAAAGAAGCUUAUGUGAUCUCACUGUACAUCAGCAACCCUCUGCUCAUUGGCGGGAGGAAGUUUGACCUGCGCUUAUAUGUGCUCGUGUCCACCUACCGGCCCCUCCGGUGUUACAUGUACAAACUGGGCUUUUGUCGAUUUUGCACCGUGAAGUACACACCGAGCACCAGUGAACUGGACAAUAUGUUUGUCCACCUCACCAACGUCGCCAUCCAGAAGCACGGGGAUGAUUACAACCACAUCCAUGGCGGCAAGUGGACAGUGAACAAUUUACGGUUAUAUCUGGAGAGCACGCGUGGAAAGGAGGUCACAGGCAAGCUGUUUGAUGAAAUCCACUGGAUAAUUGUGCAGUCGCUGAAAGCCGUGGCCCCCGUGAUGAACAACGACAAGCACUGCUUUGAAUGCUACGGCUAUGACAUCAUCAUUGACGACAAGCUUAAACCCUGGCUGAUCGAGGUUAAUGCAUCCCCAUCUCUCACCUCCAGCACAGCCAAUGACCGAAUCCUCAAGUACAACCUGAUCAACGACACCCUCAACAUCGCCGUGCCCAAUGGCGAAAUCCCAGACUGCAAAUGGAACAAGUCCCCACCCAAAGAAGUGCUGGGCAAUUACGAAAUUUUGUAUGAUGAAGAAUUAGCUCAGAACGACGGGGCAGAACGAGACCUGAGAAAUCGUUCCGGGCCGUCCAUUGGGCUUAAAGGCAGUCGGACCAGAGACUCGGGAAAGGCUUCCCUGACCACGUGGAAGUAGCCAUUUGGCAAAAGCCAGCACACUGUCCAGGCUCGGCAGCCUGGGGCGCCUGGGUUUCUCCCAGAGACUGACCCAGACCUCCCUAUUUUUCUCUUGGCUUCCUUCCUUCCUUCCUUCCUUCCUUCCUUUGCUGACAGAAGUAUCUGGGAGAAAUGCAUUCUAUUGGAAGGCAGCGGGUGGGAUCCUUUUCACUGUGUAUUUCCAUGGCUGCCGCACAUAGUUAGUUCUUCCAACAGAAAUCUAUUGCCCUUUGCAUGUCAGUGAGCCUAAUAAAUGUCAUUGCUUUUUUUU